UCCAAAGGAACAGAGAGAGGCACAAGAGAGGGAAAGGCAAAGAGAGCGAGGUGUCUACAGGCUGCAUCUCCACUGAAACAUUUGGAUGGGGGAGACAGAGGAAGAGCUGAAUGGUAGCUACACCCUGCGCCUGGAAGCGUAGAGACACUGUAACAAAGGCUGGCAAUUAUUUUUGUUUUUGGCAAUAACAAAGGUGGGAGAGGGGCUCUGAAAUCGAGGGGAAAUAGCCAAAAGACAGAUUUUUGUUUUUCAGGGGGACUUCUGCUUCAUUUCAUCCGAAAGACUCAUCCCGUGCCAUCAUCAGCAUGACCAUAAGCUCUAAGUAACAUUCGGCAAUAACGCUAUCAAAACAAGAUUUCCAGCAACAGUCGCGCGCAAUCCUAUUUCUGAUUUAUUAUAAUCGUGUGGAGGAAAAAAACCCUCCACAAAAAACAGAAAAAAAAACCAAACAAACCCCAAAAACAGAUCAGCUGAAUGCCUGCGAGAAACUGGAUACUCUGUGAAAUCGUAAGAAAGAGCGAUCUAACAAAGAAAACUACAUUUUGAUUGAUCUUUUUAAAGCUUGAUGUGCGUGUUUCUGCGCGCACUCGAAUCGAACCAGAACCAAAAGCAAACUCCUCAGACUCCUCCCUCCUCCUCCUCCCUUCGGUUUCUCUCAUCCUCUCCCUCCCCCCGGUCCUCUAUGCUCAGUUCGGUGUGUGUAUCCUCUUUUAAAGGGCGCAAGGGUGGGAACAAGUCGUCCAACAAAGCAUGUUACAGCGCAGACAUGACUUGUCCGUCGGAAAGCGAGAAAAUCGUGAUAAACUGCGGGGGGGUGCGGCAUGAGACCUACCGGAGCACCCUAAAAACGUUGCCCGGUACCCGCUUGUCGUGGCUCACCGAGCCGGACGCGUUCAGCAACUUCGACUACGACCCCAAAUUAGACGAGUUCUUCUUCGACCGCCACCCGUCGGUGUUUUCCUUCAUCCUCAACUAUUACCGCACCGGGAAGUUGCACUGUCCCAACGAUGUGUGCGGUCCCCUGUUCGAAGAGGAGCUGGCCUUCUGGGGCAUCGAUGAGACGGACGUGGAGGCUUGUUGCUGGAUGAAUUACCGGCAGCAUCGGGAUGCGGAGGAGGCGCUGGAUAGCUUCGAGACUCCAGAACCGGACGCACCAGAUGACGACCCGGCGCUGGGUGGUGCGGAUGGGGACUUGAAAAGACUGUGCAUGCAAGAGGACGCGAGGAAAGCGGGCUGGUGGAAAACCUGGCAACCCAGAAUAUGGGCACUCUUUGAAGACCCCUAUUCCUCCAAAUAUGCCCGGUAUGUGGCUUUUAUCUCCCUAUUCUUCAUCCUCAUCUCCAUAUCCACGUUCUGCAUGGAGACGCACGAGGCCUUCAACACCAUCCUCAACAAGACAGAGAACGUCACAGUGGGCAACAUGACUCGUGAGGAGAUAGUUUACGAGGUGGUGACUGACAGCUGGUUGACAUAUGUGGAAGGUGUGUGUGUCAUUUGGUUCACCAUUGAGGUCCUGCUUCGAGUCACCUUCUGCCCAGACAAGUUGGAAUUCUUCAAAAGCACCCUCAACAUCAUCGAUUUUGUUGCCAUCCUGCCCUUCUAUCUGGAGGUUGGUCUGAGUGGGCUGUCCUCCAAAGCUGCCAAGGAUGUCCUGGGGUUCCUGCGUGUUGUCCGAUUUGUUCGUAUCCUCCGAAUCUUCAAGCUGACUCGCCACUUCGUAGGUCUCCGUGUCCUUGGCCACACCCUGCGUGCCAGUACCAAUGAAUUCCUCCUGCUCAUCAUCUUCUUAGCUCUUGGUGUCCUCAUCUUUGCCACUAUGAUCUACUAUGCUGAACGAAUUGGUGCAGACCCAGAUGACCCAACAGCCAGUGCCCAUACCAACUUCAAGAACAUCCCCAUUGGAUUUUGGUGGGCCGUUGUGACCAUGACCACACUGGGUUAUGGAGAUAUGUACCCGGAGACAUGGUCAGGGAUGCUGGUGGGUGCGCUGUGUGCCUUGGCUGGUGUGCUAACCAUUGCUAUGCCUGUACCUGUCAUUGUCAACAACUUCGGCAUGUACUACUCUCUGGCUAUGGCCAAACAAAAGCUUCCCAAAAAGAAGAACAAACAUAUCCCCCGAGCGCCACAACCAGGGUCCCCCAACUACUGCAAGCCAGAUGCCUUGGCGAUGGCUACUGCAUCACCACAAAGAAUCUUGGGAAAUGUCUUAGGAGGAGUGAUGGGGUCUGGAGGAAUAGGAGGUGACUGUCCUCUUGCCCAAGAAGAAAUUAUAGAGAUCAACAGAGAUUCUAAGCAGAAUGGUGACGCAGCCUCAGCCGCCUUGGCUAAUGAGGACUGCCCCACCAUCGACCAGGUGCUGAGCCCGGAUGAGAGGAGUCCUAUUGGGCGAGGCCCCACUCGGGAACGCUACCAGCAGGACAGAGCCUGCUUCCUUCUUAAUACCAGGGAAUUCCGUGCCACAGAUGGGAAUGUGCGGAAAGGUUGUGUCAUAUCACGCGUGUCAACCGGCUAUGAAAAAUCUCGCAGUCUUAAUAAUAUAUCGGGAAUGACUGGGUCAGCACUGCGACUCGCUCCUAUUACUAGCCCGCCGUUUGAGACCUAUGAGGCUCCAGGACCUCUGCGGCGCUGUCGUUCCCCCAUCCCCUCCAUUUUGUAGCAGAAAUUGUGUUAAUGAUUGGCUGAUAAGAGAUACAGCAGAUUAGCCAUGGACCAAUUACGUUGAAGCCUCCAUUUGCAUUGUACGCCAUGCAAAUACAAUAGCAAUAACAUACAAUGAACUCGAAUGUAGAAAGAAUGAGAUCUUGUCUUGUGAAUCAAAUGGUUUAUGAAGCAUGUUAGGGGGAGUUAAAUGCAAAAUUUAGCUUUAAAGAUACAUGGUUAUUUAAAUAAUUACAAGUAAUGUAAAACUGAUUGGGGCUGCUUAGUGAAUAAAAUAGUGCCACGCAUCAAGAAGGUAUUCUAAAAAUGUGCUCAGUUACAUUUUCAGAUGAAUAUUUUUGCGCAUUCUGGACCAAAUUAACUUAGACUCCUAACACUCAUACAGUGAAAUAAUCAUGGAACAAGAUACAUGAUAUGAACAAAAUUACUGAGCCACAUCUCUUAAUCUUUGAAUUCAAGUGUUUCAAGUGUCCCAUUGCCACAGCUGGAUAAAAUCCUUCACAUUUUUUAAACAGUUUUUAAUACAUUUCACCUCUCAUUCAACAGACUUUUUCCACUUCUAAAAAAUGUAACUGUUAUACUGUAAUUGGAUGCCACCAUUGUAAUAAGUCAGUCAGUGAAAGAUCUUCCCUCCAAGUCCAUAAUCAACUGUAAGUUGUUUUGUUGUAAUGUGGUCACAAAGCAGGGUCACACAUAAAGGUCAAUAACCUCCAAAGCUCCUCUGGUAUUAACAUCAGGACAAAAAUGGUCAAGUCAUAGUCAAGCAGCUCCAGUAAGUGUUAUACGUAAGUGGCUUAGUACUUUUGUCCAUAUUGUGUAAUUUAGUUUAUUUAGCCAAAGACAAAGAAAAAUAUAUACAUAAUAUAAUAAAUAUAUAGCGAGUGAACACAGCGCCGCGUAAGCAAUCCACACUGUCGGAAAAAAAACAACCUAUUCUAUGUAAGUCUCAAUUAACACUCAGUUCAUUUUCAUUAUUGUGACGUCAUUGGGCACUUUAUGCUGAUAGUUUACACAGCAAAGUUAAGGGAUGUCAACAAAAUCAGAAACAAAUGAAAGUAAUAUGUGUUUUAUUGUACCAAAAGAGCUAUCUAAUUCUGAGGGUGAACAUGUCUCUUGAAAAUAAUAGUUCUUAUAUUAUAUUGCUGUUAGGAGCCAAUACAUAUGAUCAUUGUCUCGUUGUCUAAUCCUUUGUUAGAUGCUUGCACAUUCACUUGAUCCACUUGCUAUUGUUGUUAUUCUAGAUGUCUAAUAUACAUAAGCCAAUACUCAUUCACAAAGAAAUGUAUUGUUUCAUUAGACACUUUAAAUGAUUUGAAAAAAAUUAAAGCUUAUGCUUAUGAUUAACUUAAGAAAAAAUAGCUUAAAAAUCAGAUUUUAUUGCUUUCCAUAUUUACUUCCCUGUAACGCUAAUUUAUUUCCCCAAUAGUUUUAUUGUUCCACUGGAUCAUUUUGCAUUGCGUUGUAAUAUUCCUUCAAAUGCACUGUCACAUAAUCUCCACGUAACAGCAAAAUCUAAACCUUAAAUCUACCCACAUGUCAGCCAAAUCCUUAUACCAGUAAGGCAGACAUUCACAAGGUCUUUUUUUAAGCUUUUUGAUAACAAAUUAUAGUGAAAGGCAAUAUGUGAGAAAUUUUACCAUUCAAAUAUUUAUAUAUAAGUGGGACUGCUUGGCUCAACACAUGCUAACUGGUUAUUCUGAAAUGGCCUUUGGCAAAAGAGCAAAAUCUUCUGUUUUAUGGUAGCAAAUGACUGAGUUGGCCUUUGAAGUAUAAUCAGGACAGUGAUAUAAAUGAAAUAUGCACUUGUAGGUCUAAAACGUUUUAUAGAAAUUUAAAUGCAAAGUAUUUAUAAACAAGGAAAUUCAAACAAAUGUACAAUGUCAGAUAUGGAUUACUACUUAAUUAACUAUACAGUUAAAUCAAAUGCAAGCACUUUACUAACAAUCAUUGUUAAUUUGCUCACUCUUGAAGCUUGUGUCUCGGCAUCAGAAACAGAUAAUAUUACAAAACAAGUAUACAAUGAAAACCUUGGACCACCUAAUCAAACUGGCCUCUUCCUUUUUUCUAAAUCUAAUUAAUUUCUUCCUCACCAUUUAUGCUUUGAAGGGUUUUUUGACAUUUUCUUUAAUAAUUUCAAAUAAACCAUCAUGUUUAGGUGGGCUGUCGCUAUAAUUUUACCUUCAGCAAUCUCAAUCAAAAGCAAAAAAAGCAAAAAAAAAAAAAAAAAUUUAAAAAUAGUGACACAUUCACAAAUGCAAUAAACAUGCAACAUUACGUUAAUGCUGGAAAACAUGCUGUGCACAUACAUAUGUAAAUACACAGAUAUAUUUUUAAUCUAAAACACGCACAGACUUAGCAGGCAAUCUCCUCAUUAUCAUUGAUUUAGCUGUACCAGCUGUAAAUGUACAAAAGUUAUUCAGAUGACACGAGCCAUUUUUCUUGUUUUAUUUCAAGCCACUAUAUAGACUUUUUGAUGUCCAGGCUGUCAUUUUAAAUCGCUUUAAUUUUUUAAUGAUUUUGUAUUUUUUUUCAUGAAUACUGUGUAUUUCAUGGCAAGAAAUGACAUUUUAAUGCCACUGGCUGUCUAAAAUAACUAUUAAAAUAAUACAAUGUUGUAAAUUGUUCAUAGGAUUCUUAACCAACAGGAACAUAGACUGAAGACAGCAAAAAAUAAAAAAUCAAAAUGCUUCAGAACUAGUUUUUACAGACAAUUGUAAAAGGAAAGUAUUUCCAUACUUGUUUUGAAGUCUUACUCUCCACAUGCUUCCAGACCCCAUAUGUUUGUGAACCUAGAUAUGCAGUGUUUACAUGAAAGCUGUGACAUCAGUUGAAUGUUUUGCUUGAAUCUGUUGUCGAAUGAUGUUUAAGUGUCUGCGUUAGGAUAGAUUUUGACAUUCAGGCACUGUAAGAAGUAAUGCUUGCCUGGCUUCAUCCGUUGCUGGUUUUGAAGGCCAUCGCAAAUAUUGGCAGACCAAAGUAGUCUUAGGUUGAUUCACUUCAUGAUUAUGAUGUCAGAAAAUUACAACAUUUUAGUGUUGUCUGAAAAUAUCCAAAACCGCAUGCCGACAUUUAGUUUUCCUGUGAAUGAAAGCAUUUUUGAUAGAUACUUGAUGUAAAAUGUCAAACUGAACUUGUACAGUUAAGAUAGGAAAACUCUGGGAUAGGUUUUUCAAUUAAUUUAUCCUGCAGAGAAGUCUUUUGUGAAGUGAAAUGAAUCACUGAUUUGUCUAGAUCACAUGCUCAAAGAUGUUCUUAGUCCACACAAGCAAAUCUUUUGGACUAUAGGUUUGCUCACAUCGCUUCUCAGUGCUCAUUAAACCUUUUUUGUGCCCACUUACUGUACUGUAUUAUCAUAGAAUGUCUACGCAAUCUAUAACAUCCACAAUGGGGAUGUUAUAGUUUGCAGAUGCUUUGACUUCAGAUGUUAUGCAACUUUGUGUAGAAUGUAAAUUUGUGUUACAGUAAAAGAACAUGUCCAUCCAUCAUUUACAAUGUCUGCAGGGGAUUGUUUUGCUUGAAUGCUUUAACUUAUUAACAGCGAAUGAGGGGAGUACCACACCUCACACAACCUUAUCCUAACAUUAACACUACAAGAGUACUGUAUUUGUUUAUAUUCAGUUUGUAUUGCCUCUGAAUCGACUGACUAUAUGUUGAGUAAAAAGAGAAACGAGUAGUUGUGACAAAUGUAAAUAUCCUAGAAUCCUCCAAAGCACCCAUUGUUUAAGUAAACGAAACAGGCAGUAUGUUGUAAGUGCCUCUAUGAGGCCCAUGUAGGCUUAACUUAAAGUUAGAUUUAACUAGCUAGACCUUUGAUGUAAUGCUUAAUAGGUCAGUGGUUUUUACUAAAUAUGUACAUAUCUGUAUCUACAUAUACAUUAAAGCCACAACCUAUGUAUGUAUACCAUAUGAGGGGAGGGCAAGAAAUUCCAUAACCCCUGAUUCUGAUCUCCUAUGCAUGUAAAGUGAUGUUUGGCUUUCCCUAAAAAUCCUAAAAGUCCCAUGCACAAACUUGGUUUCCAGUUAUAAAUACAUACUUUUGAGGUAUGUUUGCAUAUUUUUUAUUAUUAUUAUGUUUUGCUUUACUGUUAUCACAUGAUUAGGGUUUUUUUUUAAUCUAUGUAAUUAUCCAGUGACCUGUAAUGAUGGCUUGAAAGAAGGUUCAGAGUGUAAAUUUGGUAUUUGCUUUGAUAAGAACUGAUUUGAGUACAUGUGCUUUAUGUUAAUCAAUAUAAACGUACAAUGAGUAUGAAUAUUUCAGUGAUCACGACUAAUGUAUCGAAAAACGUUUGAUAAAUGUGCAGCUUUGUGGGAAAAUAUGCAGAACUGUACUGUAAAAACCUUCUAGAAAGGAAGAGAAUGAAGCUGAACUUUGUGCUUUGAGAAGGGUGGAAGUGGAACUGUGAAUUCAGUUAAACGCCUGUGUGUGUCACUAUUGUGCAUAACAAGAUAGUUAGACUAACUUGUAGUGGCCAUUAAGAGGAUGAUGAGUGAAUAAAAUCUCAAAUCCCCAACAGGGGAAAAAUUAGGUAAACUGUUCCUUGAAUUUGCCCUAGGGAUCAAAUUUAUAACUAAUGUACAGAUUAAAAUAAUGCAUACACCACCCUUUAAACAAAUCAGGCAGUAAUAUUUACAUUUGUAAAGUGCUGGAGCAAUAUAAGAGCAUAGGAAUAAUGUCAAAGACACCUGUAUUUGGUAUUUGUGUAAUGUUAAAGAUAUUUCUUGUUGUUUUAUUUUACUUAUGCCAUGUUCAUAGCUUCGUAGCUAUGUUGUGUGGAAAUGAGUGAAUAAGACAAAGACACAGUCAGAACUGCAUAUUUUGUCCCCAAAACAUCAGAUCCUAAAUGAGGCUGUCACAAUGUCAGAUUUUUCACAAUAACAAUAUUAUUGCGAUAUCUAUCAAAAUGAAAAAAAGAAAACAAAGCAAUAACGACGAAUCUCAUCCUCCUUCAACUUUGUGCACUAUGUAUUUUGUGUUUUUGUGUAUUUUUGGGCAAUACACAAAGUAUGAGUCUAAGGCUGGGGAAGAUGUCUGCAAACAUAACUGUACUAAAUUGAGGAAAAAGAUAUUAAAGUGUAAUUUAUGACCAGACAAAUAAUAUUGUUUUACUGUCCAAUAGUGGCUAAUGUAUUUAUAUUCAUACAUAGGAGCUCUCACUUGACAAUAGGAGAGAGUCAUAUACAGUAACGGUUAUAUGUCUGCAUUUAACACAUCUAGAAAAAAAAUAUUUUAUUGAUAUUAACAGAAUUCAGUGACUUCACUUAAUGUCUUGGUUAAAUUAAGAUGUACUGAGCAGUAAUUGUAAGCUUGUAAGCUACAUUUACUGCAAAAGUGACUUUUACUAGUUAUGAACUGUGCUGUGUUUUUAUUUUUUUUUUGGUUUGUUUGGUUUUUUUUUUUGUCUGGCACCUUUCUACUGGAUACUGAUAGAAGAAGGAAGUCAAAUGAAGAGAUGAAGGACCCACAGGAAGAGCUUAUACAGCAUCAACAAUGGAUCAUUGCAUUGUAAAUUAAUGUUUGCUGGUGUGACCACAACAGAAGUGUUUUAUCUCUUGAAAGAUGUUUAAUGGCAUCACACAAUUUGCUAGAUUUGUUAAAUGAAUGAACUUCAUAGUGGGGUGUUGUUGACAAGCAUUUUCUGGAAUUAGUACCUGUGUUUUCAAGUGUAGCUUAAGGGUAGGUGUUAAACCCCUGAAACUGUGUCUGGGAGUAAUGCCACAAUCUCACAAUCUGAAGUCCAAUAAUACUUUUGUGGAUGUGAAAACCUCCAUGAAUGGCAUUCAGUAUGUUUCUAUGUGUCCAUGUGUCAAAAUGUCAAAAAUGUAUUUUCCGUCAAGUAUACACAUCAUUCAAAUGAAAAUGUACACACGCACUCACACAGACUAGUGAAGAACUGAUUAGAGUCUCCCUAAUCCUGCUCACUUUGAAAUGUUCUGUGCAUAACUCACCGAUUUAACAAUGACUGCUGUAUUCACUGAAAGUUGAAGUGCAACUUUGCAAAGUUGGUCAGUUGGCUGGUAGCAAGUUUCAUUCAGUCUAUUGUUUGUUUUUUUAAUAAUGUCAGUUGUCAUUUUUAUCGUCACUGAUACUUGAGUAUAAAUUAUAAAUGUGUGAUUACAAAAAAGUACAGCAACUCUGCCCAUAAUAAGCAAAAUCUAUCCCAACUUAAAUCUCACCAAUCUCCUUGUGCAGCUCUGGACCACACCCAGCAAUGCUGUCAUUUUAGUUUGCUUCCUAUACGUCCACUUUGUACUUGCACUCUGCAUCUGUGAUUUCACCAUAGACCCCAGAGUAAUAUAUUCAGUGACUGCUAGAGAACUGUGGUGCGUGCCGCAAUGACACAGUCUUCACCCAUCCUGUUUGCCAUAUUUGGCUCCUUGCGACAUUGUUCCUCGGACACAACGGAGGGGAUCCGGCUAACAUCACAAAUGCAGAAUGCAAUUUGUCAGAAUGGGACUUCACAGGAAUGUACUAAAAAAAGCAACCUCUACACUCAUUUUUUAUGUGCAGAGUUGCAGAACUUAAGUUAUACGCAAAGUUACUGUCUGUACAUAUCUAUGAGACAGACUGGUUUUUUGUAGCUUGUUGUAGAUGUCAUUACAGUUUAAAUGUGUGAACCUCAUUCUGACACUGUUAACCUGCAGUUUACAGGUAAUAGCAAUCCUUGAUUAUUUUCCUAUUGUACAUAAUAUUAACAGAAUUAAUAACCUGGACUACAAAAGUCCCUAUUAUUGACAUUCAGAAUAUGAGAACAAGAAAAACAAUGACUUUACAACUAAGACUGGUUUAUAUCAGUUAAGCACUUUUAUAAAUUAAUCAGUUUGUUUAUAACGUUUUACUGUGCAUGCUAUUUCACAAACUCUGUGGACCUGAUAUUAAUGGCUUUCUGUUCUUUUCUUUACAGUGUUAAGUUUCUAGCAUUCGCCCUCUCUCUAAUGAAGAGUCCAUAACCGGUAAACACAAAUUUGCGGCGGGAGCCACAUAACGACAGGUGUCACACGGAUGGACAGUUUAAAGGAGAUCUUUGGGGUGACAAGAGAGACCAGAGGUUAAUCAUGAAUUAAAAAAUCAUAUGGUCUGCUCCUCACAUUGUUACCAAAGCAGCCUCUCGGAACUCCAACCACACUUUUUACAGCUGUCUGACUGACCUUUUCUUUUCCUUUCCUUUGGCAAACUGACUGAGCAUUGCACUUACACACUUUUGGGAGAAAAAAGGACCCCUUAGUUCACAUUCCAGAUGACAUCUCUCUGACACUAAUACUCGCCAUCUUGUAUGAAGACCAACUCAGUGCUGUCUACAGUACUGAACAACUGAGCAACUUUGAGUUUCUGAAAAAACAAAACAAACAAACAAAAAAAAACACGUCUUCAAAGGGACUGAAUGAACAAUGUAGCAUCUCUGCUAACAUAUUGUAGCAUUUGUUGGCUGGGAAAUAACUUGACUUAACUCAUCAACCGUUCACAGAGAGAGGAAUUUAUGCAUUCAAGGGAUCUUUUAGAUGUCAUUUUCCUCUUGGGUUCCUUUUCCAGUUAAAAAAAACAAAAACAAAAAACGAGUACACGAGAGACAAAGGAUUGGUCUUACUCAUUAAAACACCUGGCAUUCACACACAUAUAUUUUAUAUAUAUAUUCAUAAAUAUAUAUACAUAUAUAUGGCCCAUUUGGGGGACCCUGUGUGUAUAUAUAUAUAUAUAUAUAUUGAUAUGUAUAUAUGUAUACAUAUAUAUAUAUAUUACACCCAUAUGGUCCCUUGUUCAAGCUUAGCACGUGUAUAAUAUGUUUGCCACUGAAUCUAUGUCUUCCAUUAACUUUUAUCUGACUGAAACACUGCCCUCCUCACAGCACUGAUAUAAAAAAAACUACAAACUAUACCAAGUGUGAAGCACAUGUAAACAAAGCACAUGUAGCAUCUGCUCAAACAUGUCACAUAUGGCAUUUACUGUACAUUUAUACUCACCUGAAACAGUCACUGCAACAAAAUAGUGAGAAAAGACUUGUCUUUAUCUCUCAUGUACCGACAUGGGCUUGCCCAAAGGUCCUGUAGCAUGCACUUGCUGAAUGACCUUCUUUAAUGUGUUGUAGAUUGAGGAAAUAUUCCAUUAAGGUUGAGUUUUAUACUUGCCCUACAAUUCACUGCCCAAAAGAACUUACUUAUUAAACUGCCACUAUCCCUAUCCUGAUUUGCACAUAUAGAAUAUUUUCCCAUGUCUGACUGACUCAGCAUUCAGCCAUGGGAAGUAAAGAGAGAUGAAGUCCUCAUCGAUCAAGGGAUAGCAGCCUUCCUGAAUGACAAAUAAGACCAUACCACUACAAGAACUGUUUUUAAUUCACUCUCCAGUGGUUGUAAUUUCAAUGUUAUUUUGAAAGGGACCAAUCCAAUAAAUAUUCUCCCUCAACACAAAGGCUGUCACUGCCAGUCAAGGCACAGCACUCCCAGGACUCAUACUGCCCCAUCUCUCACUUGCCCUUGAUGUGAACGAUUUCACGGGCAAGUCGGUGUCAAGAUAAAGAUGGCCCAUUUCGGGGACCCUUACGCGAAGAGUUAAACCAGAAGACGUGGACCAAGAGUAGAGCAAACGCGGAAGUGUACAAAGAGAACAAAUCUAUAUUUUGAUAAACAAAUCCACAACUCUCCAUUACUUUGGAGGAGAUUUCUGAGCAGAAAAAAAGUCCAGAAUGACAGAAAAAAUAAGAGUCAGAUGCAAAUGUAAUUUGAGUAUUUGGCAUCAAGAAAUGGAGUCAAAGUCCUAUAAAAAUACAGAGAGAAAAUAAUCUGUUAUGAGGGGUGUGCAAAGCUGUUUACCCCACAAGCACUGAGAAAAUGUUUUCUGAAAGACAAUGAGCAAUGACAGACUGCACCUACAAAGACAUGGGGAUGAUGGAGGAUGGACGAUGAGAUAAACAAAUGGAGAAAAAAGAUAAUGCAUUUUUGUAACUUUGUUUACCAGCAUGACUACUUUGCAUGACUGUCUUUUCUGCAAGCCCUUAGUUGAAGACAAGGGUGCUAGAGAUACAAAAAAAUAUAUAUAAAAUUAAUUAAAAAAAAUGUUAUAUGCAAUUAAUGUUUUAAAAAAGAUUAUAAUGAAAGAGAAGAGCUAUAUUUUGUUUUGAAAAGUUAAAAAAAAUGUGAAUAUUGAAACAUGUAUGUUUGCAAAGUACACCCUGAACUAUGUUUUGUUUGAUGAAAUCUCUCUGCUACUACUGCCCUACAUUCGUCAUUCCAGUGUUUUUGACGUUUUCUGUCACUGUUUUAUUUUCUAAUGCACUGAGCAGUAUAUUUUUUAACUCUUCUAAGUCAACAGUGGUCGUUCAAGACUUUGCCUAUAGCACCUGCGCAAAGGCUUUCUUUCCUGGGAUGUUCUUUGGUUUUUUGUUAGGUCCAUGUUUUCCUCCUUGAUUCAUUUGCACAACUUACGUAGCAGCAGCAGCAAGAGCAGCAGCAGUUCUAAAACAGCAGCACUCCAUACCACAACUUUGACAGCUUGAAUACUACUCAUAGUUUGCUUUUUUCUUUGGCAAUAAUACAGUAGUUGUCACAAGAUUGUAGCAGGUCAAAUGGAGAACCUUGAGUCCUUGGAGUAUCUUUAAAAUCUCAGUGUUAGAGAUUUAUAAAGGCCUUGGAUGUCCCAUGGCAAGAUUUUGCUAGGAUAGGCAAUUCUGUUCCAUUCAUAGAAACAUGGGAGUAGAUGUGUAGGUUAUCCAAUAAAGACCAAUAACAGUACAAAAGAUACUAUAUUGGCAAAUAGUCGGAGAUAUCAGGUUUGCAUGGAACCAACUGCCAUUCCAAAAUUUGUGUGGUUUUAAGGACUCAGGUGUGUCAAUGAUGUGCUUGGAUGUAGGUGUUUUGCUAUUUUCUUUCUAAGAUAAAAAAAAAAAAUCCUAGUAUAUAGACGACGAUAAUGUGAACACCUCACAGUGAUGUGUAAAAACGCAUGCAUUAUGACUUGAUAAUCUCUCAAGGGGGGGAACAGAGUCUUGACAUAUUCCCUUAGCCUCCUAUCAUUGUUUGUCAUGAAUCCAGUCCUGAUAACUAUAAACACUGUGCCGUGUUGUAGAGCAGAAACGUCUUCCUCCAAGAGGCAACUGAAAACUACUCACACUCGCAGUGUCAGCAUGAGUGUGUAGAGGUAGCUCGUCUUCGUUUUUUUAGAUGGUCAGGUCUUUGCAUUCGUCACUUACCAUGAUUAUCGUCAUCCAGCUGGCUAGUUGGCAGCUUAUUACAGCAAACAGCACAGUCAUGUGAGUACCAAUCAAAAAGACCCAGAGCUUCCAAAAUGAUGUCAGAAAGUGGGAACGAAAGGGUGAGAAAUACCAGUGUCCACCAAGGGGAGAUUGAUAAUGAUGUAAUAAGUAAAAAAUAAUGUCACUGUUGAGUGCUCUCUAAGCCCCUCAUCCUUGUCUUGGUAUUCCAAGUGAGUUUCAGGCCCUGCUGGUCCAGGGCUUAGCUCAGGCAGCUGCACGGUUCUUUGUCCAUUCCUAGUACAUUGCAGUUGGAGGCUCACCAGAAUAUGAGACUCAGUGGUGUGAUGUAGACUGUAGAAGUCCUUCAAAAAUUCUGUCGAGUCUACACUGGUUUUACAGGGUCUAGAACUUUUGUCUAUUUGCAUUAAAUGGUCCAUGGAAUUUCUUUUUUGGUCCCGUAUCUUUUUAAAACUCACAAUUUCAGUUCCCAUUUUGGAAGGCAUUAAGCUACCAUGGCUUUGAUGGUCACAAAGAUGUUUAUGAAUAUUUCAGAGGUAAACUUCUUGCAAUGGUGCGCACACUUGCAAAAACCUUGUGCUUCACCCAGCUGUUUUUGUUUUUAUGGCCAAGUAGUGUCUUUUCCUCUUUUUAUUUUUCAUGGUUACAGUCUUUAUUUCCUUCAUUCUCUACGUUGUGGCUGCUCUGCCAAUGCCAGGCUGAAAAAGAUGUCUUUCCUUUUCCAAUGCAUAAUACUGCCAUUUGAUUUAGACACGUUUAAAGAGAAUGAGUUACAAUGUUGAGAGUGCUAAGUCUGUUUUAUUUUUACAAUCUGUUAAAAAUGUUAUAAAUUUCAUGUAGAAACACUCACCGUAACCAAAAGAACAAAUUUGCUUUACAUGGUAAGGAGGUGCAACUGUUGUGACAAUGACUAUUAUGUAUGUGGACAUGUCAUCUGCAGGUGUUGGGAAAGUGUCAUGUGGUCCUUGGAUGACACAUACUCAGUGGUAACCAUUUUCUUUAUAUGCUCGUUUAUGUUUAAUAUGUUUUUCUGUUUUUCUUUUUUAAGUUGAGGACACGGUAUGCAAUCUGCACCACGAAUGCCACUGAUAGACACUUACUGUAUGCUCCCUGAGACACAGAUAUUCUGUCAUCAGUUUAGAUGAUUGCAAUGUGUAGUGGCUUUAUGGUUUUCCAUAGAGUAACUUAGCAAUCACACUAAUUGAAAAAUAUUUUAUUUUACAAAUUAAUAAUAACAGAGUUGUUAUCAAUGUUAUCAUACUAACUACAUUUUUCUAACAUAUAUCAUAUAUCUUAUUUUAAUUAGAAAUAUAAUGAUUAAAACAAAGUCAUACCCAAUAUACGUUGAACUAACAGUACAUAGUAUCAUUAUGCAUCCAAAGAUGAAGACAUAUUCAUUUUAGAAGCUAUCAAACUGUCUAAAACAGACUUAAGUACUAGUCCAUUGUACUGCGGUCUAAGUAGGAGAGUGAAUGGGGCGAAGAGGUGGUCACUGGAUUAUCUGGUUGUGACUUAUGCCGGAUUUUAUUUUUGAAAUGUUGUAAAACAAAGAACAACUCAUCAAGAACUGUAUAAAGUAUAUUUCAAUGGAAUGUUCAUGAUCUAUCUUUUUAUAUUUUGAAGAAAAAAUAGAAACAUAUCAAUAAAGUGUCAUAAUUGAACAUAUUUCUACUAUUGAGACUUAUAAUGUAUGAAUGUCAAUGCGAUCUAAUGUGAAUCUCAAUCUUCAUAGCAGCUUGAAUGAAUAACAAACUAAAAGUCAUGAGAUGCUUUUUCAGAGACAUUAAAAUUGCUUAAAAUCAUUGAAAUUAACUUAAAAUAAAUGAAAAAGUAACACCA